AUGGGCGAUGUUCCAUCAAACAAGAUCAGUUCAUCCCGAGGGGCAGAAGGGAAAACCCUGGUAUCAGAAUCGAAUGCAUCGAAUUCAACUGCAGGAUUUGGUAGUGUCGCCGGUCAACCUACGAGGCCAGGACAGGCCAGUCAUUACCCAACCCAUGAUUAUAUGGGACAUGGGCGAUAUGGUCCGUCGACGGCCAUGAAUAUGAAUCAUAUGGCUUACUCGCUACCGAAUCCGCAAUCGCAACCGUCGCCCUUCGAGCCACAGCUUGUCAGCCAAUACCCCACUAUUCCUACCCAAGGCCUGAUGUACCCUAUGCAAUCAAUGGGCCACUAUCAUGGACAGCCUCCUGGGGGUGUACCAUAUGGAAUUCCUUAUACGCCAGCCUAUUCACCGUAUGCUAUUCCUAGUCCGCACCAUCACCCAGGAAGCACACAGCAUGGUGGUCCUUACCCUGGGCCAUCAUACAUCGCCAAUCCAUCGAUUCAAACCAUGGGUAGUGGACAACCUCCCGUCUAUGGGAAUAGCUACUAUGCUCAUCCUUACACAACAUCUUAUGGUCAUGCUACGCACCCCAUUGCUGCCGCCGCUCAAGUUCAGACACGCACUCCACCGCACCAAGGUCACCGAGGGCCACCGUCACUCACAAAUGUCAACUCACAGGAAGAAAAGCGAAAUUCUCUAGUAGAUUAUGAUGUUUCCAAAACCAUUGUGGACGGUUCAAACCCCUCGAGGCUAGCAGACGCCCCAACAAACGCCGCCCUGGUACCUCUCAACCAUCCGAUAUCGAGUCCCAAUACACCCCGAGGACCGCCCCGGAAACCCAAACAGUCCGGCCAUGCACUGUGGGUUGGAAACCUGCCCCCGGGGGCAAAUGUGAUCGAUCUCAAGGAUCACUUCUCGCAAGACGCGACCAAUGAUAUUGAAAGCGUGUUUCUGAUCUCCAAGAGUAACUGUGCAUUUGUGAACUAUAAAUCUGCAUCUGCCUGUGCUGUCGCUCUGGGAAGGUUUCAUGAUUCACGAUUUCAGGGUGUUCGUCUAGUUUGUCGACUACGCAAAGGUUUUACAGUUCCCGGUUCCAGUUCUACGGCCCCGGCUCCACGACGCUUUGAAGAAAGUGUGGAUUGUCCUAUUGGGGAAGAUUGUCAGAUUGUUCCUGAGAUCAAACCUGCUACAUCAACUCUUGAAGGGGAUUCUCGACCAUUGGAUCGGUAUUUCGUUGUCAAGAGUCUUACAGUGGAGGAUCUUGAGUUAAGCCGACAGAGUGGAAUUUGGGCCACUCAAGCGCACAACGAAACCAAUCUCAACCAGGCAUUUGAGUCUACGGAGCAUGUAUAUCUCAUCUUCUCAGCCAAUAAGUCCGGCGAAUACUUUGGUUAUGCUCGCAUGCUAUCGCCCAUCAACGACGACGAAGAACUAGCAUUGGAAAUGCCACCCCGCCCAGAACCUCUCCCUGGAAUCGCCGAUGAACUCGAAGUGAUUCCGACAUCCGCAACCUCGACCGCGCCCAAAGGACGAAUCAUUGACGACACGGCCCGAGGUACGAUUUUCUGGGAGGUCGAAUCGACGGAAGAUGAACAUGAAGACGCUCGGAGUGAGAAGAGUGAGGUGUUAAUAGAGGAGGCUGAUCCAGAAAGCCAAACAUUCGGCAAACCCUUCCGCAUUCAAUGGCAAUCCACCGAACGAGUCCCCUUUCACCGCACUCGAGGUCUACGUAAUCCGUGGAAUGCCAACCGCGAAGUGAAGAUUGCGCGAGAUGGAACCGAAAUUGAACCGGCAGUUGGCCGAAAAUUGAUUGCGCUGUUCCAUCAGCCUUGA